AUGACACACGAAAUCACAUUCGCAUCGAUCGACGAGCUGUCAUCCCUGAUCAGGGGCGGCGAGUUGUCGCCGGUCGAGGUGACGGACGCCGCAUUCGAGCGCAUCCAGGAAACUGAGCCGAAGUUAAACGCGUUCCUCGAAUUGUUCGAGGAGGGCGCGAGAAGCGCCGCCCGCGAGGCCGAGGCCGAGAUAACGGCAGGGAGGUACCGGGGCCCGUUGCACGGUGUGCCGGUGGGCCUUAAGGACCUGGUGGACGUCGCCGGGUCUCCCACCACUGGGGGCUCACCGCUGUUUCAGCAGAACGUUGCUCGCACGGAUGCCACGAUAACGAGCAGGUUUCGGCAGGCCGGGGCGAUCAUCAUCGGCAAGACCAACCUGGUCAUGCACGCCAUGGGUGCCACAGGACUGAACCCGUACACCGGCCAUCCUCACAAUCCGUGGGACCUGGAACGGUGUACAGGCGGUUCUUCCAGCGGAUCGGGGGCAGCGAUUGCGGCGGGCUGCCUCGUCGGGGCGAUCGGAACGGAUACCGGCGGCAGCAUUCGAAUGCCGGCGUCGAUGUGCGGAAUUACCGGACUGAAACCGACGUACGGGCGAGUGUCCAGGGCCGGUGUGCUGGACCUCAGUUGGAGUUGCGACCACGUCGGCCCGAUGGCGCGCCGCGUUUCGGACUGCGCGUACAUGAUGAACGCGCUUGCCGGGUACGACCCACGCGAUCCGGCCUCGGCGGAUGAGCCGGUCGUCGACUACACGCUUGGUCUGGAUCGCGGGCCGGAAGACCUUCGCAUCGGCGUGCCUUCAGACUACUUUUUCGCAGAAAACGUCGAUCCGGAGAUAGACAGCGCAGUGCGUGCUGCAUCGACUUGA